AUGGAGAAUGAAAGUGAGAGAUGGAAUUUUGAAGAGAACGAGAAGUUGAAGGCUUCAUCCGUGUCUUUGAGAGGGGUCUGUAACAUGUUGAUGGAGAGAGUGAAGAACAGUGGAGACAAGAAACCUUUGCUUAGUCUCUGUCGUGUAGAUCCUACAGACCACCCGUUGUUUCGGACUUCCCUAGAAGCUUCUGAUGCUGUUGCAAGUGCUGUUCAGUCUUAUAACUUCAAUUGUUACUCUCCCACCGUUGGCUUACCCCAGGCCAAGAGGGCCAUUGCAAAUUAUCUCUCUGCUGAUCUUCCAUACCAGUUAUCACCAGAGAAUGUUUUUCCCACCCUUGGUGGAACACAAGCUAUAGAUAUAAUCUUAACAGUUCUUGCACGUCCUGGUGCCAACAUUCUCCUGCCAAGACCAGGGUUCCCGCACUAUGGAUCUCGUGCUUCUUGUUGUAACCUUGAAGUUCGACACUUUGAUCUUUUGCCUGAGAGAGGUUGGGAGGUUGACCUUGAUUCCCUUGAAGCUCUAGCAGAUGACAACACAGUGGCUAUGGUCCUCAUCAAUCCUAGCAAUCCAUGUGGAAAUGUGUUCACAUACCAACAUUUAAAAAGGGUUGCUGAGAUUGCUAGAAAACUUGGAAUAGCUGUUAUUUCUGAUGAGGUUUAUGCCCAUAUAACUUAUGGAAGCAAUCCAUUUGUCCCCAUGGGAGUGUUUUCACCAAUAGUUCCUGUCAUAACAAUUGGAUCUUUAUCAAAAAGAUGGUUAGUUCCCGGUUGGAGAACUGGUUGGAUAGCCACAUGUGACCCUCAUGGAAUUUUUCAGAAAACUGGGCUGGUGAAAAAUAUCAUCAACUAUUUGGAGAUCACGACUGACCUUCCAACCUUCUUGCAGGCAGCAAUACCUGAAAUCAUUGGCAAAACCAAAGAUGAUUUCUUCUUAAAAAAUCUGAAUAUAUUGAGGGAGACAGCAAACAUAUUCUAUGAUUUAUGCAAGGAGAUUCCUUGCUUAACAUGCCCUAACAAACCAGAAGGAGCCAUGUCCGUGUUGGUGAAAAUUAACUUUUCAGAAAUUAAGGACAUUGUUGAUGACAUAGAUUUCUGUGUCAAGCUAGCUGAAGAGGAAUCUGUCCUUCUUCUUCCUGGUGUGAGUGUUGGACUGAAGAAUUGGGUUCGAAUUAGUUUCGCAGUGGACUCUUCUGAUUUGGUGGAUGCCUUUAACAGGAUAAAAGCAUUUUACCUUCGAUAUGCAAAGACGCCAUGA